AUGGUCCCCUCCCCGCUACCAUGGCUUGGCUCCCAAAAUCUCACGGACCUGGAUGAAGUUUUUAUCCUUGGAUUUGGAGACAUUGAUAACAUGAGAGCCGUCCUGUUUACCGUCUUCCUUUUAGUCUACAUUCUGACGUUGUCUGGAAAUCUCCUGAUCUUUCUCCUCGUCCUGUCUUGCAAGAUCCUCCAUUCUCCUAUGUAUUUCUUCCUCGGCAAUCUCUCUUUGAAUGAAAUCUUGUUCACCACAAACAUUGCUCCCAACAUGCUUCACGUGCUGCUCAAUCGCGGGGCCACCAUGUCUAUCCUUGGCUGCUUCAUGCAAUUUUAUAUGUUCGGGUCUCUCGCAGUGACGGAGAGUUUCCUUCUGACAGUGAUGUCUUAUGACCGAUUCUUGGCCAUUUGCAACCCGUUACAUUACACCUCCAUCAUGGACUCCUGGCACUGCCAGCUCUUGGCGCUGAUGUGCUGGAUCGGAGCCUUCAUUAUCAUGUCCGUCACGUUGGGAUUUCUAUUGAGGUUACAUUUUUGCAGACGUGAUGUUAUUAAUCACUUCUUUUGUGACUUUGCCCCCAUUUUGGAGCUUUCGUGCUCUGAUACCACCACCAUUAAGAUAGUCGUCUCGUUUCUCUCAUCUGCAGCCACCCUGUUUCCAUUUCUCUUCAUUAUUAUUACAUAUGGAUGUAUAAUCCAAUGUAUCCUCAGAAUACCAUCAGCCAGGGGCAAGGAGAAAGCCUUCUCCACCUGUAGCUCACACCUGGGGGUUGUUUCCACAUAUUAUGCUACUAUGAUCAUGGUGUACGUGGUUCCUGCCAGUGACCAUCUACUGCUGGUAAACAAGACCCUCUCGCUGCUCUACACAGUGGUGACGCCGACUGUAAACCCUAUCAUAUAUGCCCUGAGAAAUCAAGAGAUCAAGACAGCCCUACGCUUGGUUUCUAGGAGAAAAUAA